AUGUCGGCCUCACUAGACUCUGCUUUGGACCCCAUGGAGGAGAUACGGUUUCGCAAGAAACAUGGCUCCAUGUGGAUUGAAAUACAAAAAGAUACACAUUUUACAUUCGAUGAGUUGGAACAGGUUAUGAUAAUAUUCUUCAAAAUACAAAAGCGAGAUGAAAAGCCGGCUGCAUCUGAUUUGAUAUCAAGGGCCCAUUUUCGCGAUGUCCUCCACACUGGUUUGGGCAUGACUGAUGCAUACAUGAUGGAACGCGUUAUGGUCGCACUGGACAGAGGAACUUCACCUUAUGUCACUAUGGCAACAUUUGCUAAAGCAAUGUCUUUAUACUUACACGGAAAUUUGGACGAACGAAUCUCUUACGCUUUUACUUGUUACGACUUAUUGGGUGAAGGUCAUUUAAGAAGAGAAACGAUGUAUCAAUUGAUGAAAAAGAGCUUAGCAAAAGCUUCGAGAGAUGACGACGUUGAGGAAGCAGUAAAGGAGCUCGUCGAUAUAAUGCUCAAGCGAAUGGACGUGGAUUUGGAUGGUGUUAUCAACUUCCAGGACUUCCAUACGUCAGUUACAAAUACUCCUUCAUUGCUCGAAAGCUUGGGCUACUGUCUUCCCGAGAGACCAGCAGUGUAUUCGUUCCUCGCAACAUGGUGCCCAGCGUGGGGCAAAAUG